ACGGAGAUUGUGUGGUGAUUGAGGGUGGGUCCUUCUCCUGGACCAGUGAUGGACUGCCGUGUCUGCAGAGAAUCAACAUGAAGGUGAAGACGGGCUUGCUGGUGGCCGUGGUUGGCAAUGUUGGCUCAGGGAAGUCAUCUCUGCUGUCAGCCAUGUUGGGAGAGAUGGAGAAGAGGAGUGGCUUUGUCUCCAUCAAGGGUUCAGUGGCCUACAUUCCCCAGCAGGCCUGGAUCCAAAACGCCUCUCUAAAAGACAACAUUUUGUUUGGGGGAGAGAGGAAGGAGAGCUGGUACCAUCGUGUGCUGGAAGCCUGCGCUCUGCUGCAAGACCUGGAUAUCCUACCUGCUGGAGACAGCACUGAGAUUGGGGAGAAGGGUCUGAACCUGUCUGGAGGUCAGAAGCAGAGAGUGAGUCUGGCUCGUGCCGUCUACAGAAAAUCAGAUGUUUACUUGCUGGAUGACCCACUGUCGGCUGUUGAUGCUCACGUGGGGCAACACAUCUUUGAGCGAGUCAUUGGACCCAGAGGACUCCUUAAAGACAAGACCCGGGUGUUGGUAACUCACGGGCUCAGCUUCCUGUCCAAAGCAGACCUGGUCCUGGUGAUGGAGCAGGGUCAAAUCUCUGAGAUGGGCUCCUACAUGGAGCUGAUGGACAGGAAGGGAACCUUUGCCAAAUUUAUUCACACCUUCAAUAGAAACCAGCGCAGAGAAAGCUCCACCCCCAGAGACAAGAGCAGCAGGAAGUCAGUGUCUCGUCUCAGUAUGACUGAUUUUUCCAUUGAUCUUUCUCAGGAGCAGUUGAUUAGCUGUGAUAUGAGUAGUGCAAGUGUUCAGAUGAUGAAGGCUGUCAAUCAAGACUUGGACACUGAGGAUGCUGGAAAACUUACAGAGGCCGACAAAGCUCACACGGGCAGGGUAAAGCUGCAGAUGUAUAGAGAGUACUUCAGGACUAUCGGUCUGACGUUCAUCAUGACCAUCAUCUUCCUUUGUGCCUUCCAGCAGGCCGCCUCAUUGGCCUACAACUAUUGGCUGAGCCUCUGGGCUGAUGAGCCACCGAUAAAUGGCACGCAGAGCAACCAUGAGCUGAAGCUGAGUGUGUUUGCAGCUCUUGGCUUCACUCAGGACCGUAACGCCUAA